GGUGGUUGCAACAUCAUAUCCAAAGCUCUGUGUCCCCAACCGCAGUCGCCUUUUACGCACCAGCGAGCGGAGAAUAUAGUGCAGGAGAGCCGUUCUCCUUUCGCCUGUAUUACUCAUAUUAUUCCCUUACAUUUGGACUUAUUUUUUACAAAACAUUUGAGGAGAUAUACUCGCUUUCUGGACUAAAAGCCUGCGCGCAGUCAUUGUGCGCAACGAAGAGAUGAGCAUUUUAUCCUGAAACCACACUCUGCUAAAUGCUGCUUUAGAGUGAAGACGUGCAAGGCACAAGCCUACACAUGGAGUCCAGGGUUCCCCACCACAUCCCCGGAGUGUCCUCCUCCCUCAUAUCCCAGCCACUGUUGGACAGCCGAGUGCCCUACGGCCGCCUGCAGCACCCUCUCACCAUUUACCCCAUCGACCAGAUAAAGUCCUCGCAUGUGGAGAAUGACUACAUCGACAGCCCUGCCGUUGUCUCUCAGCAGCCCCCGAGCCAGAAGUCUCUGAACCGAAGAAUAACCUGGCUCGGUCAGAAUCAGGAGGCCUUCCUGGGGGCAAACCAAAACCAUCAUCACAAUCAUCAACACCAGCACCACCAGCAGGGCAGGUGUGAGCCCCACUCUCAUCAGGACACCACCACCCAUCCGUGGAUUUCCUUCAGUGGUAGGCCAAGCUCUAUUAGCAGCAGCAGUAGCACCUCUUCUGAUCAGAGGCUGUUGGACCACGCUGCGCCUAACCCAACAGUGGACCACCACCCAAACCUGCAACCCCACAAAGGCACCAUGAACACAAUCACGACCCGAACUCCAGGCUGCUUCCCUUCCUCUGAAUCGAAAGUCCUAACCUCCUCUUCCUCACCUAAAUCUCUGGACCUCAAGUCUGCAAAGAUGCCUGCAGGAGGCGUGUGCACCACUGGAGGCCAGCAGGGGUUGGGGCUGAUCCCUUCCUCCCCUGCAGAGAAGAAGCACCUCCUUCUCUGUGAGCACUGUGGCAAGUGCCGAUGCACGGAGUGUACUCUCCCCCGAACCCUACCCUCUUGCUGGGUCUGCAACCAGGAGUGCCUGUGCUCUGCUCAGAGCCUGGUGGAUACAGCCACCUGCAUGUGCCUGGUCAAAGGGAUCUUCUACCAUUGCACAGAGGACGAAGACGAUGAGGGCUCAUGCGCCGAUAAGCCCUGCUCGUGCUCCCAGGCCAACUGCUGUGCACGCUGGUCCUUCAUGGCUGCCCUUUCCGUUGUCCUGCCUUGCCUGGUGUGCUACCUGCCAGCUACAGGUCUGGCCAAACUGGGACAGAAAUGUUACGACAAUGUUAGUAGGCCUGGCUGCCGCUGCAAGAACUCUCAGGCCGGCGUGAGCAUCCCUGUGUGUAAAAAUGAGGGUGUGGAAGCUAAAGUUGGGACGCUAGAGAAGCAGCAGCAGGGGUCAUGAUGCUGGACCAAUCUGGCUGAUAGUGGCCUUGCUUAAAACAUUGACUGGACCACACAGUACUUGCUUGCUUUUGGAUAGGACAAUCCAACACCAACCCCUUAAACUACCCCAUUAAUCUGCUGGAAGAUGACUUAUGUAAUACAAAGGUACUUAAAUAGCUUCUUGGCCUAUGUUUGAUAGGGUGGAUGAUCAGAAGGGGCCAGAUCGUAUAGAGUUGGCUAGUAGGAACAGCUAACAGGCCCUCUGUGAUGUUCUUUCCUUUUGUAAGGGAGACACAGGAGUAAGAAACUAGAUUCUGGGAAUUGUGUUUUUUGUUGUUUUGCAAAGAAGGCGGAAGGCACAAAGUCGUUGUACCUCUCUGCUGCUUUGUGUUUUUCAGCUAAUUUUUAUUAUGGUAAUUUACCAAAAUCUGGUUGCUGAUUAUCGAGUAAUGUUAAGGUUAUUUGAUGGAGCUAAAUAUCAGUACAACACCCUCCCGAACCCCAUAAGCACAGCCCAGUGUCCCUCUGUUUAACAAAGACAAAAUCAAGGGAUAACCUAUACUGUGGCUGUAUGAUAGGCUACUGCAAGAGUGAAACCACCACUUACUUGCUCACUCUCCCCACUGUUAUGAUGAUCCCGAAUUUUCUAGUGUUGCCAUUUUCCCUCCUUAAGCUUGAAAAUGCUAGCUUGGUAAUUCUAACAUUUUUUAUCUCUGAGCUGUAAGAACUACAAAUUUGAAGGUAUAAAAUACUUCCCAUGGUUAACUCUGUAUUGUCCAUAAGCAGUUGUACUGCAGUCGAGAGAGCGAUAAUCACUUCAGACUAUGUUUCCUGUUUUGGGGGAUGACGACCAGACAUUCUAAAAAAGGUUUUUGAAUGCUGUUCACCAAUCACCUCAGAGGUAAUGCAUGUCAUGACCUGCAUGCUCUAGUCAAAUGGUUAACCACCGUGCUAGAAGUCGAUGUGUCGUAGAGAAAUGUGUAAAAAAAAAAAAAAAGUACACCCAACCUUCUCAGGGACUGUUACAGUACUUCUCUCUAGAACUUGGCCUACAGCAUGUUGAUUUCUAAACUGCCUAAAGAGCCUGGUCUACUUCCUCUUUGCACAAGCAGGCAAAGAAACAUUUAGGGGCAAAAAGGCAAUAGUGAAUAAUUUAAAACAAGUAAGCUGAGCGAGAGACAAACUGGCCAGAAAAUGUUUCCGUAGGAGAGAGGGAUGAAAGUGCAAGAGAGUGAAGAGCAGGAGAGAGAAGGCAUAGCAAAGUCGUUGUUGUGUUUGUAUCUAUUCAGCCUUUGUCGAAAUCUAAACCUGCCACUUGCACAACCUUUAUAGAGAGACGCAAACCCCUUAAAGGAUGUACUAAAGCACAGUAUUAACCACCUCAGCUAACUCACAUUACGUUUGCGUGCACUGCACUACCCCAGCCCGCCUCUACACGCAGUGUCUUCAUUCAAUUCUAAUCAUUAUGCUGCAUUGCUGCAUUAGUCAAAAAUUAUGUCUUUUACUCUGAAUGUCUAUUUUAGUGGCUUUCAUGACUCUUAGGACUUUGCCAAAGGAAGCUAGCGUACAGUAGCUUGUUUUUUCGCUGUCUGAGUGAUCACAGUUGUUAUGCACACUCGCCAAAUGGUGUUGACGGCAGAUGGUUUUUAAAGGCACGCUGCCCCUUUAUUAUAGAUGGCCUUUUCUAUUUGGCAUACUGUCUUUGUUGAUCCAUAACACCUCACGUUCCUGUUGGACCCUUAACUUCCACAAGGGUUGCUAACUUUGCUCAAACCUGUAUUUUUCUUGUUGCACAAUGCUGAUAUCACACAUGAAAAAGAGGAGAAGAAAAACACACUGUCCCUAGUCUUGAAUGUAUGAGGCAAUAUUUUAAAAACCUAGCAAUUCAGACUGACAGAAAGGUGCCAAAACUUUGAAUGAUUGUGCAACUGGGCAAAGGCCUAGUACCUGUAGGAGGGGCGACAAAAAUCACAAAUGUUUUGACAAUAUAUUUAGUAAUAGAGCUAUGCAGGUGAAAUGUUCUUUGCUGUAAAUAGUUUCACAACAUUUGUGUUCUUUAGAAAAGACUUAUAUGUCCUUGAAAGAUUGCAUGGUACAUUAUAACUACAAGUCUGUACAAAACAUAUAGACAAUAUAUUAGAUAUAUAUUUUGAGGGGAGGAUGUUUUUGAGGUUGGGAGAAAGAAAAGAAAAAGAGGGAGGGCUGCAAGAGGGCGGUUUGAGACGAGGUAACAAAAAUGAUAGGCCUUUCUAUCACAAGCACUUGAUUUAGAAAAGUGUGCACGACAAAAAAAAAGAGAGAGAGAAAGAGAGAGAAAGAGCUCAGCUGUUUAUGCUAUCCAUGGCUCAUUAGCAGUCGAGAGGCUAAGCUAAUUCCCCGGUUCCUCUCGGAGUCCUAAAGACUGUGGACUCAUUGAAUCCACACAGGGAACACAAUCUACCCCUAUCCGGAUCAACCCAUUUCCUGCUGUUACUGCUCAGUGUCUCAGCUCUCACUCCCCUCCUUCUCUCCCUCUCUUGCUAUUUUUCUCCUUCCUCUCUCCCCUGCUUCCUCCCUGAGAAAUUGUCCAACAAACACCCCUGGCCUUGAUUGACAAACACAGCUGCAGUGCAUAAACUUGUCAUACCACAGAGACAGGAGAGAAAGACAAGUCUGUCUCUCUUCCUCUCCCUUUCUCGCUGUUUGCCCCUCCUUCUGUCUUUGUUUUUCUCCUGAGUUGUGUUCUGUGACAUCUUUUUUAACCAGUGGAGCGUUUUUUUGUUUUGUUUCUUUUUUUAUUUUAUUUUUAAGUCGCUGCCUUUAUUCUUCUAUUCUACGCCUCGGCUCUCUCACUGCAAGACUUCUUCACUUCAUAAUAGCUUUAUAUUUUAAAAUGUGCUUGCUAGCAUGUUUGUGGAAAAAUCACCAAUAGCGAAAACUUAAUUAACAAAACUUUGAGUCCUAUUUUUUGUUUUUGUUUAUUGCUACAAUGCUGUGACCUUUACACAUCCCUUUCUGCCGCUCAUUUUGCGGCACUCCUUUAUUUCCACGAGAGGAAAAGUCUCAUACAGCUGGGUGAUGCUACUCCAUUCCUUUAUGCCUUUGCAAUGUCAAUGUUGGGGAUUACGAACGAGAUCUGUGCUUUUGUUUUGUUUAGAUAUAACAAAAAGAAAAAAAUCUCUCAUAUAAAAGGUUCCCUUUAUAGAUAUAUUUAUUUUGAAGUUCUAUUUUAUAUAGUAUUUAUUUAGAUGCCAACCUUUUGUUUGUGAAGAAAGCUUAUGUCGAAAUGGAAUGUACAUUGACAAUGGAAAUAUAUAUUGUUAAAUAUA